AUGGAGUACCCCUAUCCCACCUUGAAACGGGUUCCAGACCUUGUUUACUCAUUACGCAGGUCUACCCCCCAGGACUACAUACGCGGUAUGAAGUGCGAAAUAACUGGUCAAUCCUAUAUUGAUCUACUUCCUAUGCGCCCUGUCAGAGCUUUUGGCAUGCGCAAGUGCCAUGCGGGUGCCAAGGACGCAGCUUCUCCGCUGCGUGCGUGCAGAGUGAUAGUUUGCAACAUCGGGAUGGACAUGCCCACAACAGUGACCCGGGAUACAGUAGUAUUGUCGUCCGUACUCCUUAGUGUCGGGGAUAAUCAUGCAAUUCUUGAAGAUCGCAAGGACCGGAGCCGUGCCAAGCAUAGACUGCUGACUCUCGUUGAUGCGGUGUACAUCCUUCGAGCGACGCUGUUGGUUGAAAACUCGUUCCGUUCAUCUAAGCUCUACACCGAUGCGAGCCGUCGAUUCUAG